AGCUCUCCAACCAAUAGAAGCCCCUUGGGACAGCAGAGCUCACAAGCCUCUGGGACAAGAGCCAGAAAGAAACCAGACCGAAGGCACCUUGCAUCAACAUGACUUCCAAGCUGGCUGUUGCUCUCUUGGCAGUUUUCCUGCUUUCUGCAGUUCUGUGUGAAGCUGCAGUUUUGUCAAGAGUGAGUUCAGAACUCCGAUGCCAGUGCAUUAAAACCCACUCCACGCCUUUCCAUCCCAAAUAUAUCAAAGAACUGAGAGUGAUUGACAGUGGUCCACAUUGUGAAAACUCAGAAAUCAUUGUAAAGCUUGUGAAUGGAAAAGAGGUGUGCCUGGACCCCAAGGAAAGCUGGGUACAGAGAAUUGUGCAGAUAUUUUUGAAGAGGGCUGAGAAACAGGAAUCGUGAAACAAACAAGCAUUCUCUGUGGUUUCCAAGAAUUCCUCAGUAAAGAUGUCAAUGAGACGUCAUAUAAAUCUACUUCAGCACUUCAUGUUCCAUGUGGGUCUGGUGUAGGGUUGUCAGAUAAAAUACAGUAUGCCCAGUUAGAUUUGAAUAUUAAGUAAAACAAUGAAUAGGGUUUUUUUUUUUUUGAUGU